AUGGUUGUACAAAAGGUAAAUCAUUGGAACAUAUAUCAUAUAAUUGAGCAUGACGAUGAUGAAGAGAGGGUGAAUGAUGAUAUCUUUCAAGAGGAAGAAUCUAGUGAGUUACCGCCUUUUCAGCCAAUGGAAGAAGUAGUCGACACGUCUUUAUUGGUUCGAAAAAAUGAAAAACCAAUAACUUUGCCUCAUGAGUUGGUGGUUAAACUACGUAGGGAACAAGCAUUUAUUAAUGAUCAAGAACAGAACUUGGAAGAUAUUGAGGACUAUGAUGACGAUGAUAGAUUUUUUAUAACCGAUGAAAUAACUUUAGAAUCUGAGACUGAUGACGACUCUGAUGACCCAGAUCUUGAUAACGAUGACGAUGAUAAUGCAUGA